ACAGGCUGUGGCUGUGGAACACGAAUCAGGAAAAGAUUGCCUUGUGGUCGAGCAGGACUCAGCUUUUCUGAGCGUAUAGAGGAUUGCAACUUCCGGGAGAAGAGUACUGAAGAGAGGGUCUGCACCACACAGUGCACCAACCUGCCAGAUGGCCAACCAAGCUGCUCUUUAUGUUCAUGGAACACAUGGCAACAGUGGAGGGGCUGUAGUAAAGAUUGUGGUGGAGGUUACAGGUCAAGGUCAAGGUCACCAUGUUGCUGUGAAGGUCAGGACGUCGAGGACUGUCUGUCGGACUGUGGACUGUCUGAAGAGGACACACUUCAGUCGGAUGCUUGUAAUGACGUAUGUUACAACGGCGGUAGUUUCUCCAACAGCAUGUGUAAUUGCACACAGGGGUACUCAGGCCAGUGCUGUUCUGAAGAAGUGACUGAUGGAAACUGCUCCAAGUGUUCAUGGGGAGGGUGGGGAGGCUGGAACACCUGCGACACAUCCACCAGAAAGGUGUCCAGGGACAGAGAGCCGUGCUGUCGUAUUGGACAGAACAACAGAGGGUGUUUUGAUGAAUGUAAACUUGAAACUAAGGGAGCCAAGCAAUGGAAGUCGUGCCCCUUUCUUAAUGACCCGGCCCAAGUUCACGUCAUGUACGCUGUCAUCGCCUCCGUGGUUUCAGUCAUCGUCACGUCGCUGAUCUGGACUGCUUGCUACUGCGCACAUCGAAGAAGAAACAAAGAUGGAUCCCGACCUUUCAACGAUGCUAUGGAUCUGACGACUAGCGGUCCUGGUGCUGGAAACAUUUACACUAACAGUGGGGUCCUGGCAGCUCUGGGGACCUCUGGGGAUAGAGAUGGUGAUGUUGCUGGGAAGAUCCAACCAGGAGACGGAGGAAUCCGAAGACAAGGAAAUCCGACCUUGAAUGGAGCUUGGGCGAGAGACAUCGCCGGAGAUUGUUCCACUUAUGAGGAUCUCUAUGAUUCAGUCGAAAACAUCUACGUCAAUAAUUAAAUGGAGUAGAGAAGAUGAACCCGUGAAGAUCCGGGAUAGAACUGGACUUCAGCAACCCAUGCUUGUCUCCAGUGAAGAUCCGGGAUGGA